GGCUCCCCGGUGACGUCAGCGGGGCAGGCUGGCCCUUGUAAAUAAUGGCGAGUCUCUGAGAGCGGGGCGGCUGCGGAGAGCGGAGUAAAAUAAAAAUGGAGCUGCGAGUUGGGAACAAAUACAGGCUGGGCAGGAAGAUUGGCAGUGGCUCCUUUGGUGACAUUUAUCUGGGUGCAAACAUCGCUACUGGGGAAGAGGUUGCAAUAAAGCUGGAAUGUGUCAAAACCAAACAUCCCCAACUCCACAUUGAGAGCAAGUUUUACAAAAUGAUGCAAGGAGGUGUUGGGAUUCCCUCGAUUAAAUGGUGUGGUGCUGAAGGAGAUUACAACGUGAUGGUGAUGGAGCUGCUGGGUCCUAGUCUCGAAGACCUCUUCAACUUCUGCUCCCGCAAGUUCAGUCUGAAGACUGUGCUCCUCCUUGCAGACCAGAUGAUCAGUCGAAUUGAGUACAUUCAUUCCAAAAACUUCAUCCAUCGUGACGUUAAACCAGACAACUUCCUCAUGGGCUUGGGCAAGAAGGGCAAUCUGGUUUAUAUCAUUGACUUUGGCUUGGCCAAGAAGUACCGUGAUGCACGGACUCACCAACAUAUCCCAUACCGGGAAAACAAGAAUCUGACCGGCACAGCGCGAUAUGCCUCCAUCAACACUCAUCUGGGCAUUGAACAAAGUCGCCGUGAUGACCUGGAGUCACUGGGUUACGUCCUGAUGUAUUUUAACUUGGGCUCGUUGCCAUGGCAGGGACUCAAAGCAGCAACAAAACGGCAGAAGUACGAGCGCAUCAGUGAGAAAAAGAUGUCAACUCCAAUUGAAGUGCUGUGCAAGAGCUAUCCAUCUGAAUUCUCUACCUACCUGAACUUCUGUCGCUCCUUGCGUUUUGAUGACAAGCCCGAUUACUCGUACCUACGACAACUUUUCAGGAACUUAUUCCACCGACAGGGCUUCUCAUACGACUACGUCUUUGAUUGGAACAUGCUGAAGUUUGGUGCUGGGCGGACUCCAGAGGAAAGUGAGCGCGAGCGCAGAGAUCACGAACGGGAAGAGCGUGUGGUACAGACCCGCAGUUCGGCAACGAGAGCCCUCCCACCGGGAACGGGGGCUGGGGCAGUGGGUAACCGGUUACGGAACGGACAAGAUGCAGUGCUGCCCACUCAGGCGACGAGAGCACAGCAGUCUGCCAAUACCUCGCCGAGACCAAUCUCUCGGGCUGAGAGAGAGCGCAAAGUGAGCAUGAGGUUACAUCGAGGCGCUCCCGCUAACGUUUCUUCCUCUGAUCUCACAGCACGGCAAGAUGCUUCACGGAUUUCUGCAUCACAGACCAGCAUGCCCUUUGAACAUCUGGCAAAGUGACUAGUGUCCCUCGACCAGCAGGUAGUUUGAUUCCUUCGCUGACUUCUGCCAAUGACGGAGCGACUUCUCCAACAUUGACCACUGCGAUGGAGCCUUCAGGGAGGAUAUCAGAACAGGGCUCGUAUUCACCCACUCUUUCAUUUGUGCGAGAAUAGAGGACAAAACUCCUCCGUCUCAGUCUGAGCACGCUUUCAAUGAUCUUGUGUCAGUCACCUCAGAUUUAUUAUAUACAUUUUUUUCCCCCAACUCCCCGUUUGCUUGGAAGUUUUCUUGGAAGAAAACCCAGAUGUAAUUUCUCCUCUGUUCUGGAAAGAAGUUCUGCCUCCCAACCUCCAAACAGUCAACGCCUUUGAGCUUCCCACCUGUCAGUUAUAAAUAAGCUGCCUAUCUAUUUCUUCCCCAAACUUCUCCUUUCAAACACCGCCCUCCCUCCCCUUCUGAGUGUGUGCUCACCUCCUGCAAUACAGUUAAUGGUAGGAGGUGAAGGAAAGAGAAAACAAGUCACUUUUAUUUUUUGAAAAAAUGAUGUUGACUAGCUCCUUUCUGGACACACAGUAGCCUCUGUGCUGGUGAUGCCAAGUCUGGUCAUUUUCAUACUUAACCCCCCAACCCCCCCCCCCCGCCCCCCCCCCCCCAACCACAUCCAUUUAGCGACCUAACCCAGAAGCAGCUUAGCCAUCAAUGCCUCGUACUGCAAUUGUGGGCCACUGUGGUCAAAGCGGUGAUGGAAUUGUUCCUUUCAGAUAACCGCAUUGGGAUUCAUGUAUAUAAAGGAUUUGUUUUCAGCCAUCUAACCCUCCUGUGUUCAAGAAAAAAACUAUUUCAAUCUCCUUUUUUUCCACAAUCCUGUAAUACUGAUAUUAAUAUCAUUUAGUCUUUUAUCUGUACGCAAGGUGACUAGACCGUUGCGUUUUAAACUCUUGCAUAUAUUUUUUAAAAAAGCAAUUUUUUUUUAAAUAGCACUAUUUCUGUGAAGGGAUUGGGGGAAAUCUCUCAGCAAACACUCAUUAAAGAGUGAGAGUCCAAUCACAUCUGCUUGUCCUCGUGUGUCAACUAUAUAUAUUUUAUAUAUAUAUGUGUGUGUAUGUAUUAUAGUAUAUAUAAUGUUGACAAAACCAGUGGCAUGGAACCGCCUUGGCUGCUAAUUUCUGAAGAAUGUAUAUAUUUAUUUUGUCGGGUUUUUUUAAGCUUUAUAGUGUUCUGUUUGUCGUGUUUCCUUUUAAAAAGGAAGGUAAAUUUUCAGGGGUGGGGCUGGGUGUGCCGGAAAAUCUGGAUGAGGGUAUUUUAAUCCAGGUAUAACAUUUCAGUGCCACGUUCCUGUUUGCCAACCCCACCUAUUGAUCUACGCAGGUUUUAAGGAUGGCAAACUGGCACUCUAUAUUAAUGUGUUUAUUAAUGUUUUAUUUUUUUAGUAAAGGGGAACUGUCGUGAAUUUGACUUUUUUUUUCCUCUCAAACAUCAUGGUCAUUUCCUCUGACUGCUUCUCUCUGCUGGUGUUGGGUGGAUGUGGGGUCUCUACUUGCCUACUUAAAGGGAGUAUCUGAGUGCUUCUGAACUGCACAAAAUCUGAAAGACUGCUUUGUAGGGAGAGAAAUUUUAAAUAGAACUCCCUUUUUUUUUAAGAUGUCAGAUAGCUAAUUUCCCCCCCACCACCGGUAACCCAGCAGCUUUAAGGACCAUUCUCCUAUCCCUCAAAACCAGGUACAAGCAAACGGUGGCACCGUUCGGAGGUAUAUGUUAAAGGAAAGUGGAAGGGAAGACUGCAACAGGGCACUGUCGAGCUUUUAAGGCUAAAUAUCUAAGUUUGAGGUAAUACUUUGGUCUGUUAAUGCAGUGUUAGCUCUUGGAUUCCUUUCACUGCUCCAGAUUGGUUCCAAAUGGCCAGACACUGACCAAAGGUGGACUGCUCCCCAGAUCCUAUGCUUGUUAAUAUUCAGCAAAAUUGCCUCAUUCUUUUUCCCCACAUUGUGCAACCGUGCUUAUAAGCCUCUUUUCGUUGGUCAGAAAUCCUGUGUUGAAGUUUAUGAAUGUUUUUGUGGGAGGGAAUGGAUAGUAUAGGGGUGGGUGCCAGUGGGGAGGAAGCACUUGCCAGAGCAUACCCACCAAAGCAUCAGCCCGUCGAACCUUUCUGGUGAGAUAGUGCAGAGGUGACUGCUUCGAGCAAGAUCCUAAGUGGUCAGAGGAAAGAAAUCAUUGUGCUGAAUUAUUUGUUGGCUUAAGCGUGUUGAUGUGUUUACAAUUUUUUUUAUUUUAACUCUAUAACUAGACCCAGGCAAUUGCUAAAGGGGACGUUUCUGAUGCAGGUGUAAAUGUGUGAAUAACUAUUGUGUAUGUGUGCUCUGUGCGUGUGUCUUUUUCCUAAAGGUGUUCAGUGAAAUUCUUGCAAAUUCAGCAGCCAGAAAGGCUAAGGGAAGCUCAGCCAAACCUCUAGGCUCCCUUGGGACUUUAUGCCCAGUUGAGCAAGGCUCAAGAUAUACUUUUUUUUUGUUCCCAAGCACCAAGAGGUGUGGGAGGUCUGAUAUGUGCCUCAAAUGUUGUCUUUCAAAAGAUGUUCCUGUGGACAUAGAUUGGUGCUACUACCUCUUGUAUCAAGGAAUUGGUAAGAUUUCCAGAACCCCUUCCAAAUUAUUAGUGUAUCCAUGAUCCCACAGAAUGGGGUAAAAAGGGAGGAGAUUGAUCUGAGGAAAUGGGUCAGACAUUUUGAAUAUAAGCAGAGCAAAACGUGACCCUUCCCUAGUUUGCAAAUCAAUUGCACACCUGCCUAAUUUUUGACAGACCUCUUCUAGGCAUGGACAACGACUGUGACAUGGGGACCUAUCUUAGGCAUUUACUCUGAAAGUAGCACUAGAAUUCAGUUCCCUCGCGUAGUGACCUCCUCUGAAAGGGAGGUGGGGAAGAACAACAGAGUUAAAGACAUUGUCUCUUUUUUUUUCUUCCACCAGCUCCCAAGAAAUCUUUUUCCAGUGUCGACGUUUAUUGGACUUUUAUACAAACCUGGGACAGAGGGUGGUCUGGUGGGUGUCUUUCUUCCCCAACCCCUCUUGGAAAGUCGGGGAAUGUUGCUUCAGAGUAUGGGGAUCAGGGGUGUCUGCCCAUUGUGCAUCAGGAACUGGUGUCUGAAACAUUGGAGCCAAACAUGGGUGGGUCCAUUUGUAAUGCUCAUCAGUUUGGAAGCAGCAAAUAAUUUAUUGCCCCCUCCCAGAUACCUCCCUUCAGAAUUCGCACUCAUUAGUUGACACCUGGUAACAUUUUAUCCCACAGUGAAAGUAUAGAAUAGCAUUUCAUUUUUUUUCCUCCUGUACUGUAAACUUGAAUAUCACUUUUUUUUGAGAUAUUAACUGUGCACCAAUGCUAACAUGCCCUUUGACUCUUUCGGUUUUAUAUUUAAUACACACGAUUCUUAAGUUAUUUUCCCAUGGAUUUUUUUAACAUUGGUAUUUCAUAAAUAACUUUUGAGAUUUUUUUGUAUUUGUGUAAAUAGCAAGUUUUUUUGAUUGUAAAGUGAAAACUGUUGCUUUAGUACUGACGUCGAACAGUGUAACAUAGUUUUAAUUUGUGCAAAUAGAAAGGGUGGAUAAUUGGGGAGGGCAAUGUCAAACAGUCAGCAUAUCCUUUCGUUAAUAAUGUGGACUAUAAACUAGGUUGUCCAUCUGAAUGGUGUCCCUUUGCUAAGAAGGGUGGUGUUUUAAUCCAAACCAGGACUUUGGGUGAAGUUCUCUCCCUACGGAAUGACUGACUGGAUAGUGCUGUGUUUUUAUGCUGUUUUGCAUUUUAAAACUCUGCUGUCCUUUUUUGUUUUUCAUUUUGAAUACUGUAUCUAAAUACAGCCUGGAGAUGGAGGUUCCAGGUCUGAAAUUUUAAAUGGAGCUUUUGUCAGCUAUGAGCAGUCAUUCCUGUUGCUUAACUGCUUGACACUAAGGAGGAAGACCAGUCCUGUAUUUAAUGGUUGCCGGAAGUUUGAGAACAAAACAAAGUCGCAUUGAAAAGCAGACCUCGUUUUUUCCAAAGUGGCGGCUGCUGCUGUCUUACUGUUCAAUACUGCUGAGGAUUGGCACCACGCACGGUGUUAUUCAUGUAUUGGGUGCCAGCAUUUGUCCAGUCGAACAUAAUUGCAAAACAUGCCCCCACUCCUGUUGUAUAUUGUAUUUAUUGCACACUAUCUUAUGAAUGUAUGUGCGUGUGUGUGUUUUUUAUUUUGGCUAUUGACAAGAUUUGGGAGGGAAGGGGCUAUUUUGGCAAUUAGUGGCCUUAGACUUCUAGCUCAGUUCAGUUGCUUUCACUCCAGUUUCAGUCCGUAUGAAGAAUGUGGUGGUUGUUGCUUUUGUCUGACCUGAUCCCAGGAGGCAACACAGCAUAACCUUAUGGGUUUCAGCUCCAGAAACCCAUCAGUGAUUUUUUUUAAAUGAAGAAAUCCUUGACGUGUUUACAUGAUACUGACUGCUAUUGGCGGUGAGCGAACACAUUUUGUGUGUGGGGGGUGGGUGGGUUGGUAGAGGAGGUAAAUGUUUUCAAUAAAAUAACAAGUGGGGAUCUCGCGUAACUUGACCGUUGAGUGUUGCCGCCGAUAAUGUCUAGGUUUCUCUGUCUGUGUUAUUUGGGGAUUGUGGCUCUUUUUCUUUCUUUCUCUCGCUCGCUCACGCUCCUCUUUUCUCCCUCUUUUCUCUCUCUCUCUCUCUUUUCUUUUUUUCUCUCUCUCUCCCUUUUCUCUCUCUCUCUCUCUCUCUCUCUCUCUCUCUCUCUCUCUCUCUCUUUUUUCUCCUUUCUUUCUCUUUCCCUCUCUCUCUCUCUCUCUCUCUCUCUCUCUCUCUCUCUCUCUCUCUCUCUCUCUCUCUCUCUCUCGAGGAAACCCAUCUAAAUGUGAAAUUUGGCUGAAAUGUUUAAAUGCUUUGAACUGCCCUCCCCACUGCCCCUUUUUCUAAAAAAAAGUGCUCUCUGACUUAUUCCAUAUCAAUGUCUAAUGUACAGUUCUCUAUUCCUGACACUAUUUAACGUUAUUUACAAUGCAAUUUAAUAUGGUUGUUAUUUGUGUACAUUUUAAAACUUAUAAAUAAAAGGGAGAGGA